GGGGGUGCGGCUCCAGGAAACCGCGCGCUUGGCGCUCGCGCUCCAGCCGCCCGACGCGCACCAGACGACCCCGUCGACUCAGCCAGACCACUCCGUGGGCCUCAGUGGCCCGCAGCGGGGAGAGUGGGCCCGAGUCCAAGCCUCAGACAACUUAGCAAGGACGGGGCGGGCGGUGCGGAUUGGAGCUCCAGGAGCCAUGGGCACACGGACUGGGCCAGCAGUAGCCGUCCAGAGGGAGCCCCGGGCCUGAGAAGAGGGCGACGAGGCUGGGGCCAUGACCUCGGUGUGGAAGCGCUUGCAGCGCGUGGGCAAGCGGGCCGCCAAGUUCCAGUUUGUGGCCUGUUACCACGAGCUGGUGUUGGAGUGCACCAAGAAAUGGCAGCCAGAUAAGCUGGUGGUGGUGUGGACCCGGCGGAACCGACGUAUCUGCUCUAAGGCCCACAGCUGGCAGCCAGGCAUCCAGAACCCAUACCGGGGCACCGUGGUGUGGAUAGUACCUGAGAAUGUGGACAUCUCUGUGACCCUAUACAGGGACCCCCACGUGGACCAGUAUGAGGCCAAAGAGUGGACAUUUAUUAUUGAGAAUGAGUCCAAGGGGCAGCGGAAGGUGCUGGCCACAGCUGAGGUGGACCUGGCCCGCCAUGCAGGUCCCGUGCCUGCCCAAGUUCCACUGCGACUGCGGCUGAAGCCCAAGUCAGUGAAGGUGGUGCAGGCUGAGCUGAGCCUUACUCUCUCAGGGGUGCUGCUGCGGGAGGGCCGUGCCACGGAUGAUGACAUGCAGAGUCUUGCAAGCCUUAUGAGUGUGAAGCCUAGUGAUGUGGGCAACUUGGACGACUUUGCUGAGAGUGACGAAGAUGAAGCUAAUGGCCCAGGGCCCCCUGAAGCCUGGGCUAGAGUCCCCCAGCCAGUACCUUCUCGGGAGCUGAAGACACUUUGUGAAGAGGAGGAGAGCCGAAUCCAACCUCAACCCCAGCAGGCAGCUGCCAGUCCUAAUGCUGAGGAUACCAGUCCAGCCCCUGUGAGUGCCCCUGUGCCUCCAGCCAGGGCCUCUCGGGGCCAGGGUUCAAAGCCAGCUACUGUAGCAGGGGGCCAGGUGGGGCCUGAGGCCCCAAGGCCCCCGGGAACCCCACCAGAGAUGAGGUCUUCGAGGCAGCCAGGCCAAGACAUGGCCCCCACUGAGGCUCCUCCGCUCCAGAAAGGCUCUGAAACCCCCUGGCCCCUAGUUCCUCAAGGGGAGGAUGAAGUCCCUGAAGCCUCAGGGGCUCCCGCAGUAGGAGUGGGUUCUGCUAGGGAGACCCAGACCCAGGCAAAUCUUCAGGAAGGGAUGGAGGUCCAUGGAGCUAGACUGGGCCCAAGCAUUGAGGAUGAAGUCUCCAGAGACUCUUUGGGAGAACAGAAACACACAGUUGAGGAGGGGGCCACUGGGAACAGGGCAGGAGUUAGUAGGAUGGACAUUGAGCAUGGGUCAGGAGUUGGAGAGUUGAACACAAAGAGGCCAGGUGUCAGAGCAAGGGAGGCUGAACAGAGUUCAGAAGUUCAUCAAGUAGAUGCUAAGCAGAGGUCAAAAGUGAGGCAUGUGAAUGCUAAGGGACCAGCAGCUACGGGCAUGUUGCCUGAGGCAAUUUUCAGGGGGAUUCCUGAGGCUCUUCCAAGGGGCUCUCAGUGGAGGAUGGAAGUCAGGACCAGAGAUGAGGCUCCUACAGGCCUCAGCCCAUACCCAGCAGAGCCUACAGGACACUCUGAGCAUCUUAGUGACCUCAAGGUGGCCAGGGACACUGUAGGCCAGGAGAGAGAGGAUGCAGAAAUGAGGGGCAGAGCCCCUAGUGUUGUGGGGACAGGCCUAGAGCAGGGCCUCUCUGUUGGAGCGACAAGCACCAGGCCCCAGGUGAGCAGAUAUCAGGAGACCCUCUCAUCAGCUGCUCAGGAGGCAAUGUCUAGGGAUCUGGGGGUCUGGGAGGCAGAAGUUGGGGAGUCAAGCAUCCUGAGAAAAGAGACUGAGGAGGCAAAGUUGGAGGUAUUGCAGACCCAGGAUAGAGAAGUGGGGGGAUCAGGGUUCCCUGAGUUAGAGACUGGGACAUUAGAAGCUGAGACACUGAGGCCCAAGGAGACAGAUGCAACAAGGUCAGUGGUCCUGGAGUCAGAGGCAGCUGGGACAACAGAAUCUGAGCUACCAGGGACCCAGGAAACAGAGGCACAGGGCUCAGGUAUUCUGGGGAUAAGAACUAGGAUAACAGAGAUUGAGAUAUUGGGGACCCAGGAAGUAUCUAGGGGUUCUGAGAUACUGAGGAUAGAUAAUAAGUUAGCAGAAUCUGAGAUAUUGGGGGCCCAAGAGACAGAAUUGAGAGGAUCCAGGGUACCAAAGACAGAGGCUGAAAUACUGAGGACCCAGGAUCUAGCAGCUGAGAGUUCAGGGCUCCCAGGGAUAGAAGCUGAGAUAGUAGGGACCCAGGAGACAGAGGUAGGGGAUUCUGAGGUUCUAGGGACAGAGACUAGAAUAGCAGAAACUGAGAUACUGGGAACCCUGGGAAAAACUACUGGGGGUUCACAGGUCCCAGGGACAGAAGCUGAGAUAGCAGAAUCUAAGAUAUUAGGGGCCCAGGAAACAGAGAUAGAGGGUUCAGAGGUUAUAAUGAUAGAAACUGGGACAGCAGAAGCUGAGAUGUCAGGGACCCAGAGGAUAGCAUCUGGGGAUUUAGGGGUCCCAGGAAUAGAAUCUGAGAUACUGGGGGCCCAGGAGACAGAGGUGGGGGAUUCAGGGGUCUCAGGGAUAGAGGCUGGAGUGGCAGAGGCUAAGGUACCGAUGAUUCAACAAACAGAAACUAUAGUUUCAGAGACUGAGAAGACAAAAGCUAAAACUUCUGAAGUCCAGGAAGCAGAAACUAGAGUUAGGGGGUCUCUCAAAUAUGAGGCUUUAAGGGCCCUAGCCACUAACCCAAGAGUUUUAGGGUCCCAGGAGGCAGAGAUUUCAGGAGUACGAGAACCAGAGACUAAAGUUUUAAGGGUCCAGGAUGCAGAGGCUGGGGUUUGGAGCGUGUCAGAGACCAAAUCUGGGGAUUGGGGGGCCCAGGAAUUAGAGGUAGAGAUUUUAGGGCCUCUAGAGAAUGAAUCUGGUAUUUUUGAGGCCUGGGAAUUAGAGGCUGAGGUCUUGGGAAAUGAGAAGGGGAAAGAAGCUGAGGGAAACCUCCCAGUGGCCAACCUGACUAAAACACAGGUGACCAGUGGGGCAGGGGCUGGGGUGCCCAGGCCCUCGGGGGCCUCUUCCCCAGAGAAGCCUGAAGAGGACAGGAGGCUGCCGAGCAGCCAGGCACUACCUGCCCUGGUCAGCUCCAGCCAGUCCCUGCUGGAGUGGUGCCAGGAAGUUACUGCUGGCUACCGUGGCGUCCGCAUCACCAACUUCACCACAUCCUGGCGCAACGGCUUGGCCUUCUGUGCCAUCCUACACCGAUUCUACCCAGACAAGAUUGACUAUGCCUCCCUCGAUCCACUCAACAUCAAGCAGAACAGCAAGCAGGCCUUCGAUGGCUUCGCAGCCCUGGGAGUGUCGCGGCUGCUGGAGCCGGCGGACAUGAUGCUGCUGUCUGUGCCAGACAAGCUCAUCGUCAUGACGUAUCUGUGCCAGAUCCGCGCCUUCUGCACGGGGCAGGAGCUGCAGGUGGUGCAGCUGGAGGGCGGCGGCGGUGCCGGCACCUACCGCGUGGGAAGCGCCCAGCCCAGCCCGCCCGGUGACCUGGACUCCGGCGGCUUGGCGCUGCGGUUGCGCGAGCACGGGGCUGACGCGCCCAAGGAGCCCCAGGAAGCUGCGAACCGCGUGGACAGGGUGACCCUGGAGGCGGCCUCCAGGGGCGUGGGCGCUGGUCGGGUCUCCAAGGACGGCGGGGCAGAGGCCACACAGGAAGGGCGUUCCGCGGAGGCCCCGGCUGACAGCCCUGGAGCACGGGCGCCGGUACUCCGGGCGGAGGGACUAGUGAACGGGACGGGGGCGCAGGGCGGCGGGGGCAGCGUGAAGUUGAGACGGCCUUCAGUCAACGGGGAGGCUGGGCCGGUGCCUCCACCGCGUGCGCAUGGCUCCUUCUCCCACGUGCGCGAUGCUGAUCUGCUGAAGAAGAGGCGCUCGCGGCUGCGGAACAGUAGCUCCUUUUCGGUGGACGACCAGGAGUCAGGAGCUGCGGGAGCCACGGGAGCUGCGGAAGGCCUAAGCCCUGACCCCAGCCCCACUCCUGGCCCGCUCACAGCCACAGCCUCUCAACAGACCCCUGGUGGGAGUCCCCCAUCGGAGGAGCCACCCCCAAGCCCAGGGGAGGAGGCUGGGCUGCAACGGUUCCAGGACACAAGUCAGUAUGUAUGUGCAGAGCUGCAGGCUCUGGAACAGGAGCAGAGCCAGAUAGAUGGGCGGGCAGCCUUGGUGGAGACGCAGCUGAGGAACCUCAUGGAGUCAGGUGCCAACAAGCUGCAGGAGGAGGUGCUGAUCCAAGAGUGGUUCACCCUGGUCAACAAAAAGAAUGCUCUUAUCCGAAGGCAGGACCAGCUGCAGCUGCUCAUGGAGGAGCAGGACCUGGAGCGGAGGUUUGAGCUGCUGAGCAGAGAGCUGCGGGGCAUGCUGGCCAUUGAAGACUGGCAGAAAACGGCCGCACAGCAGCACCGAGAGCAGCUCCUGCUGGAGGAGCUGGUGUCUCUGGUGAAUCAGCGCGACGAGCUAGUCCGGGAUCUGGACCACAAGGAACGAAUAGCCCUGGAGGAGGACGAGCGCCUGGAGCGCGGCCUGGAGCAGCGGCGCCGCAAGCUGAGCCGUCAGCUGAGCCGGCGCGAACGCUGCGCGCUGAGUUGAGGCCGCGCGGGUCUCGGGAGGUCCUGGCCUGCACCCCGGAGAACCGGGUGCGACGGAUGGCGUGCACGCGGCCACUAGGGGGAGUCCCUUCCCGGGGCGGAGUGAGGCGGCCCCUUGGCCAGACCAGCGGAGAGGCCGGGCCGCCGCGCUGUAUUUAUUUGCUCGUAGGUGUGUGCGCGGCGGGCUAGGGGGCCCGGGAGCGCUGCGCGGAGUCCCUCUCCAAUGGCAGGACUCGGAGACCGCCGUCUCCGCCCUCCUCUCCUUCCUGUACCUGUUCAAUAAAGUCUGACGAGAAUA